AUGGUCCUCCACAACCCGAACAAUUGGCACUGGGUGAACAAGGAUGUUUCGGCGUGGACCCGGGAUUAUCUGGAAGAGAAGCUGUCCACCAUCUCUGCAGAAGAGGAUGGUGUCUCAGCAAAGGUCGAGAGACUGCUGAGCAUGGACGGCGAUGUAGACGUCAGCCAGCGCAAGGGCAAGGUUAUUACCCUUUUUGACGUGAAGAUUCAAUUAGAGUACGAAGGCAAGACAAAGGACGACGAGAACGUGAGCGGUACCAUUACCAUUCCUGAGGUGGCACACGACACCGACCCAGAUGAGUAUGUCUUUGAGAUCGAUGCCUAUUCCGACAAUGCCUCGAAGCAACCCGUGAAGGACCUUGUUCGCAGCAAGAUUGUGCCGCAACUGCGAGAGGAGCUGGCGAAGCUCGGUCCAUCCUUGAUCGCGCAGCACGGUAAGGAUAUUCAGCACCAGCCCGGCGAGAACCCGUCCAGCGGAUUCGCGACCCCGACGUACCAUCCGCAGAAGGCGAAGACGCCAGCCGAAUCAAAGCCUACGACCACUCAGACCACUACCACUACCACUACAACCACCACCGGCAAGGUCUCAGUCAACACCGUCACUGUGACCGCCCAGGAUGAGUUCCGCACGACGGCGGAGGAGAUGUACACGACGUUCACGGACCCUCAGCGCAUUGCGGCCUUCACACGCGGCGCGCCUCGCCAGUUUGAUGGAGCCCACGUUGGCGGCAAGUUCUGCAUCUUUGACGGCAACGUCACGGGCGAGUACGUCACGCUGGAGCCGCCCAAGCGCAUUGUGCAGAAGUGGCGCCUUGCGCAGUGGCCCGAGGGCCAUUUCAGCACGCAGGAGAUUUUCUUCGACCAGAACGACGUGGACCGUGUGACCACGAUGCGGGUCACCUGGACCGGUGUGCCGGUCGGCCAGGAGGAAGUCGUCCAGCGGAAUUGGGACGGCUAUUAUGUUCGCAGCAUUAAGCAGACUUUCGGGUAUGCACCAGAAUCAGUGUGGUUAUCAGCAAUCUCCAAGCACAAAACACCUUCCUCCUCAUCAUCAUCGAAUUCUGCUUCUGCUUCUGCUUCUGCUUCUGCUUCUGCUUCUUCUCGUCAGUCUCACACUUUUCCAUGGAUACAAGUGCUGACGUUUCUCCUUCUCUUUCUUCUUGCUGUAGGUUUGGAACGAUACUCUGAUCAACUACCCCUCCCAUCACAAUUUCUUAUAAAGAUAAAAAACAGAUGA